AUGGGGUUCUUCUCUUUACAUCAACAACCGGAGCAAAGAAAACCAUCCAAGUCUCAUUCACAAAAACAGGCGGAGUUGGACAGAAUUAGCAACUUACCAAGUGAUGUUAUAGAAAUUAUUUUGGAACAUCUUCCGAUCAAGGAGGCAGUGAGGACAAGUGUUUUAUCGACCAAGUGGAGGUAUAAAUCGGCCAUGCUUCAAAGUCUCAAGUUUGAUGAGCAGUGUGUAUCAACUCAAAAUCCUAUCACCUUUGUUAACAUUGUUGACCAAGUACUCUUACUUCAUGUUGGCCCCAUACGCAAGUUCAAGCUUUCUCAUCGAGAUCUUCUAGCCCCUGCUGAUAUUGAUAGGUGGAUCCUUUAUCUAUCAAGAAGCUCUAUCAAACAUUUGAUACUUGAAAUCGGGAUUGAUCAGCGCUACAAAUUGCCUUCAUGUUUGUUUUCUUGUGAAGACAUAAUCUGUUUGUGCCUGCGUAAUUGUAUGCUAAAACCUCCUUCAACUUUCAGUGGCUUCAAGAGCUUGAAGCGUCUUACCGUUGAGCGGGUUACAUUGACCCAACAUGUGUUUGAAAGUUUCAUACUUGGGUGUCCUAUGCUUAAGGGAUUGAUUUUGAGAAACUGCAAUGGUUUCAGACAUCUCAAUAUUGAUGCACCAAUUCUCAAAUUCCUUGUCAUUGAGGGUGAUUUUGAGGAUGUUAAUCUUCGGAAUACUCUGAAUCUUGAAUAUGUUUACAUUUCUUUGGAAUUCAAUGUCAGGGAAAGGCGUGUUGUUGGAAUUUCAAGCAAUUUGCUCAAGUUUGUAGUUCACCUACCUCAUGUUCGAUGUCUUGAAAUCACGAGUUACUCUUUAAAGUGUUUGGCUGUUGGUGCCACUGCCAUGCCAGGAAAGUUGCCAGAACCAUUAAUAUAUCUAAAACAUCUUUCUAUGAGUGUAAGCUUCACUGAUUUGAAGGAGAUUACAACAGCUCUAUGCCUCAUAAGAAGCUCCCCAGCUCUACAGGAGCUAGAGAUAUUUGUCCACCGUGACAAUCAGAAUGUUCAGGGUGAAGUGAACUCAUGGUUAGAGCAUUUAGAAGACAACUUGGAUUAUCAAUUCACCCAACUUCGACGUACAGAAAUAACUUGCAUCUCUAGUACCAAUAAAGCUGAACUAGCUUUGAUCAAAUUUCUGCUGUUAAGUUCACCUGUGCUUGAGCGGAUGACUCUUCAGCCCGCUACUGGCGAUGGUUCCUUAGAAAUGUUGAAAAAGGUUGUCCGGUUUAGGCGUGCGUCAAUGCAAGCUGAGAUAAUCUUCUUGGACCCAUGA